CUCGUCUGGUUCCUUACAAAACCAAGACGAAACCAAGUUCGGUACUAUUUGUUCGCAACUCCCUUGGCUGGUCAGCUCGUCCCUAGUCGCCAUCUCGCAGCGCCAACAUUCCGUUUGCUCUUAUUCACCACGAGUAAAGGAUGGACGGAAAGCUGAGCUUUUGGGGCGUGGAGGUGAAGCCCAAGGAGACUCUCACAGUUGACCCCAACGACGAUGCCGAUUACCUCCACAUUUCCCAGGCGGCUCUGGGCGCUCAGGCGAAGGACAACGAGAGGGUGGUGGUGCAGCUGAGGGAGGAGGUGGACGAGGAGGAUGAGGACGACGAUGAGGACGAGGCCCCCCCGGCCCCGGUGACGGUGGUGCUGGGCACGCUCGUCAAGGGCAAGGUGGACCAGAUGAGCCUCGACCUCGUGCUCGACCGGCCCUUCAGCCUCUUCCACUCUGGCUCGCACAGUAUCUACUUCUCGGGUUACAAGACCCGCGACAACGGCGAAGAUGACGACUAUGACAUGGACGAGGACGAGUUCGACGAGGAGGAUGUGGAGGAGGACGAGGAGGACGAGGAGGAGGAGCUGGCGCAGGACACGCCGCCCAAGAAGGCCGCCGCCGCUGCUGUCGCGGCAGCCAAGGCUGGGAAGAAGGCGCCCACGCCGAACAAGGACUCGGAGAUGGCUGACGCUGCAGAGCCAGCGAAGCCCGCUGCUGCUGCUAAACCCGCCGCUACACCCGAGCCUGCAGCGGGCGCCAAGCGCCAAGCGGACGCCCCUGCCACCGAGCCGUCGCCUGCUCUCACCAAGAGCCAGAAGAAGAAACAACGCAGAGAAGCUGCCGCCGCCGCUGCCGCUGGCGGUGCCUCCCCUGCUGCUCCCUCUCCUGCGCCUGCGAAGGAGGCUGCCAAGCCUGCCACUCCUGCCGCCAAGCCUGCAGCAGCAGCGCCAGCAGCAGCCACGCCACCAGCAGCAGCGGCAGGAACACCUGAGCCUGGUGCCACCGCCACCCCUGCUUCUGGCGGGAAGAAGAAGGUCAUCUUCCAAUGCACACAGUGCCCCAAGAAGUUCAACGCGGAGAAUUUCUUGAAGAAGCACAUGGAAACCAAGCACUCUGCUUAAAACGAAACGCAAUUCAAUUGUUUAGUUGCUGCUGGCCAAAUGUAUGUCUAUGGGUAAAAUGAUUAGCAUAGACCAUCAUCGAGUGUUGAAAAGUGGUCAUAUUUUGAAUUUACAUCCCUGUUCAACGUUCUACUCAGUCUUUCAUUGCAACCAAUCA